UGGAGUACUGGAGUGUGGACUUCCCUGUCCACGACGUACGCCGCCAUGACCUGGAACAAGAACUCCGCCGCCGCCGGCGUCGCCUCCGACGCCGAUCACGCCCGCCUCCGCGAGCUCGGCUACAAGCAGGAGCUCAGGCGCCACCUCUCGGCGCUGUCCAACUUCUCCAUCUCGUUCACCAUCCUCUCGGUGCUGACCGGGGUCACCACGCUCUACAACACCGGCCUCGCCUUCGGCGGCCCGGCCACCAUGACCCUCGGCUGGUUCGUCGCCGGGGCCUUCACCAUGGCCAUCGGCCUCUCCAUGGCGGAGAUCUGCUCUGCCUUCCCCACCUCCGGCGGCCUCUACUACUGGAGCGCGAGGCUCUCCGGCGAGCGGUGGGCGCCCUUCGCCUCCUGGAUCACCGGAUGGUUCAACAUCGUUGGUCAGUGGGCAGGCACUGCCAGUGUGAACUUCUCGCUGGCGCAGCUGAUUCAGGUGAUCGUCCUGCUCAGCAGCGGUGGGAACAACGGCGGUGGUUACUUUGCAUCCAAGUAUGUCGUGUUUGCCUUCCACGCUGGUAUUCUGCUGAGCCACGCUAUCAUCAACAGCCUCCCUGUGGCCUGGCUAUCUUUCUUCGGACAGUUUGCUACUGCUUGGAAUAUGUUAGGUGUUUUUGUCCUGAUGAUCGCUGUGCCAGUUGUUGCUACCGAGAGGGCCAGUGCCAGGUUCGUGUUUACCCAUUUCAACACGGAGAAUCAUGCUGGAAUCCACAGCAAGCUCUACAUCUUCGUCCUGGGGCUCCUGAUGAGCCAAUACACGCUGACUGGAUACGAUGCGUCUGCACAUAUGACCGAAGAAACGAAAGACGCAGGCAGGAGUGGCCCGAUCGGUAUAAUCAGCGCGAUUGGCAUAUCACUGAUAGUAGGCUGGGGCUACAUACUGGGCAUCACAUUUGCAGUUGCAGGGAAGCAGGACGUCGCAUAUCUCCUGAGCACUGACAAUGAUGCAGGAGGGUAUGCAAUCGCUGAAGUUUUCUACCUCGCCUUCAAAGGCCGGUACGGCAACGGCGCUGGAGGGAUCAUCUGCCUGGGAAUCGUUGCUGUCGCGGUAUACUUCUGUGGCCUGAGCUCAGUGACCAGCAACUCCAGGAUGAUUUAUGCGUUCUCGAGAGAUGGGGCAAUGCCGCUUUCAUCGGUGUGGCACAAGGUUAACGAGCAGCAAGUGCCGAUAAACGCCGUGUGGCUCUCGGCUUUCAUCUCAGUAUGCAUGGCGUUGCCGUCUCUGGGCAGCCUCGUGGCGUUCCAGGCGAUGGCGUCGGUGGCGACGACGGCCGUGUGCAUCGCCUACGCGCUGCCGAUCCUGCUCCGGGUGACGCUGGCGCGCGGCCGCUUCGUCCCGGGCCCGUUCAGCCUCGGCCGGCGGCGCGGCGUGCUCGUGGGCUGGGCCGCCGUCGCCUGGGUGGCGGCCGUCACCGUCCUCUUCUCGCUGCCGGUGUCGUACCCGGUGACCAGGGACACCCUCAACUACACCCCGGUCGCCGUCGGCGGGCUGCUCGCGCUCGUGCUGUCGUCGUGGCUCGUCAGCGCGCGGCGCUGGUUCAGGGGCCCCGUCACGAAUCUAGGCGGCCAGCCCUCUCCCCUUCUCUUGGGCUGAAUGGAUGAUGAUUUUGUGAUAAUAUUUGAAGGGAUGGGCGGAUGAAUUAACAUUAUAAAAUUUAAAAGUCGGUUUGAAAAAUAUUUUGAGAAAUCGAUAUCGAUCUUAUUUAACUUUUGUGAAAAGAUGCACCAUUUACGAGACUGAGAAACGUGCGGCUAAGGAAAUGAACGGUAGGUUGUGUUGGGUGGAAAUGUACUAGAUGCUCUCGGGAUUUCCGGUGCUCGGAAGGUUAAUUGU